AUGUUGAUCAUUCCCUUCUCCUUGCUCAUCUUUUAUCUCAUUCACUUCAUUGUGAGAAAAAUUUUUCAUGAGUCGUGGAAUGAGUGGUAUAACGGUAAUGGUGAAUGCAAUGUUGUUGAAGUUAAACUGGUUGUAAUGGAAGCGGGUACUCAUGGAUGUAUAGUUUGUGCCACCAUUCCCUUGGUUGAAGUUAAUCUCCAUGUUGAAAUGCAACACGGCUGGUCACUUCAAGGUGUUAUUUCUCGUGAAAAUUUCUGA